AUGACAAAUCAAAUUGAGGAAUCAUCCAUAGGAUUCUAUGUUGUAACUUUACAUGCUUCAAAGAAAAACUCAAGCCUUUUGGGGCCGACGGGUAGUCUUCGCAUGGAUGCCAGAAGAAACAUAGACUAUGAUAUUGUUUCAUCCUCUGUUUGGGAGACUAGAAAGACGGAGUAUGAUGUUGAAAUUCCCAUAAAAAAUGCAUAUAAUGUGUAUAUUUCGUUUCUAUGCAACGGAUAUACGUCUAAGAAUGUAAAUGUCCAUGGCGUGGAAAAGGUUUUUGAUGUAAUACAGACCCUUUUUGUGUGCAAAGCCUGGUCUAUAGACCAAUUUAACAGAAUGUACGAGAUCAAGUGGCAUUCAAGUACCAUAAAUCCGAUGAUGAAUUUUGAGAAUUUUGGUGAUUCUUCAAGACAAAUUAUCUUAACGGUUGAAAGAAAGGUCGACGCUAGAGAUGACAAUCCACAGGUUCUAGAGACGUCAACUAUCAACGAAAAUGAGCUGUGCUCACUUUCUAGUCACAGUGGCUGCCCUUCUGGCAGGUGUUCUGGGACAUCAUGUGAGAAUGAUAUUAGCUCGAUGUUUAUGACUAAUAUGAAAUUUUAUGAAGAAAUUUAUACUUUGAACGAUCGAAGCAAGGAAAGAGUCAGUAGUCUGCUUCAAAUGAUGGAUUGCACAGACUUUGAAAAUUCCUCUGAAGUGGCUAUUUUGAAGAGCAUGAAGAACCAGGACUGUGUGGGAAUUAUCAAUAUUGGUAACAGCUGCUACAUGAACUCGAGCAUUCAGUGUCUUAACAGUUGCUCUAUAUUCUCCAACUUCUUCUACUGUUUUAGAGAACUAUUUAAUCCCCAGGAUCCUCAACCGCCCUUUAAUGAGCUUGGCAAAAAUGAAAAAUUUGCAAAAAACUUACACAUUAUUUCAGCAUGGUCUGAUAUUGUGAGGAUGUGCAGGCAGUCCAAGCCCUUUUCACCAAGAAUUCUGAAAUACGAAAUAGCCUCAAAAAACCAGGCGUUUAAUAAUUCAAAAGAGCAGGAUGCUGCAGAGUUUAUUGAAUCCGUAUUGACGUAUCUUCACGAGGGACUAUGCUACAAAAGGAAGGCUGAAGCAUCAACAGCAUCAGACACCCAGUCUAGUGUUUUAUGUAGUAUGCCCAGCUCAGUGUCCAGUAGUUUAUCCAGUCUGGACACUCACUCGUCUACUGGCCCUUCAUCUAUUGAUUCUUGUAUAGGUAGCCUAUUUAGUCAGAAGCACGAGGACAUUAUGGACACCGAAGAUCCCACUUCAAAUCUUGAUACCAAAGAUAGCCAGAAUUUAAAUGGUUGUUUUCAAGAGUUACCAAAAUCCUCAGCGUGUGCCAACUUAAAUACGGAUAGGAAUCAAUACUUAAAUGAUGAUUUGGCUUCAAAUGAAUUUGAAAGACUUAUCAACGCGGAGAGGUCGAUUAUAAGCGAACUCUUUUAUGGAAUGGCAACUACAAUAAUGGAAUGCCGCUUUUGUGGAUAUAAGAAGUUUAAAAAUGAUCUGAUAAUGUUCUUACCCUUGUCAAUUCCAAACAAAGUCAGCUAUCAUUCAUCAUGCACACUGAUAUUACUUGGAAAUAGCCCUCCUAUAAAAGUCCUGAUCCCGCUUAGUUCUUCGGUCCAAGAAGCAAUAGAAUACACAAAAAUAGAGCAUGGCAUUACUUCAAGCCUCAUUGCAGUUGAAUAUUAUGACGAUUGUAUUGUUCAAGUUCUUCCAAGUCUUAAAAGCAUCAGUAAUGUCAAAAAUAACAUAUUUUUCUACGAAGUUAGACCAAGCCACACCCACAUUAUUUGCCAUCUAUACUAUAGAAAACUAUACUUUAUUAAACGCAAAGUGCCCAUAGAUUUUAUAGUUGAAGAAGACCAUUGCAGAGUUAAUCUUUAUGGAAAACUAAAAGGCUAUUUUGUAAAAAAUUUUUCUAUGAUGGAGUUUUUCAGUAAGGUUAAAAUGAAAAAAGGAGCGUUCAAUACAAUACUAAACAUGCCAAGCAUAGAUGUUGUAUUUGAUGAUGUUUCUGAGAUAUUUGGGGAUAAACUAUCGCUUCUGACAAUAACACCAUCUAAGAAAAAGAAUGAUGUUUCUCUCAAGGACUGUUUAGAAUAUUGCUCUAAAAACGACAAUGUAGAGCUGAAAUGUGAGAAAUGUGGCGUUUCACGCGAGUUUAUUCUGCACUCAACCAUUACCAAGCAGCCAAAAUAUUUAAUAAUACACCUGAAAAGAUUCAGCUAUCUUGAAAGCGGAACGAAAAUCAACACGUUUAUAGAGUUUCCCGAGGAUAAUUUAAAGAUUGAAGGUAGCAAAUACAGGCUCAUAGCAACAUCCAACCACAUUGAAAUUGGCCUUGGCUAUGGGCAUUAUGUAGCCUACUUGAGAAAAGAUAGCGGAUGGUACUGUUGUAAUGACGGCGUAAUAUCAAAAGUUCCAAGGCCCGACAAAGCCAGUUCGUACAUUCUGUUUUACGAAAGGAUUGACUAA